GCCGGAUAUGCCGUCACCCUUAACAUAACUUUAUUCCUCGGAACAAAACGUGCACUUCCGGUUUCAGGUGUAGUGUAAAGAUGGGCGGCCGUAGCGUGUGCAGGUGUUAGUGUCAUGGUCUCAGGAUGCGGUACAACGAGAAGGAGCUGCUGUCCCUCUCCAGACAGAGAGCGGAGAAAGCGGCGGAGCUGAACAUGAGGGUCCCCAAGAAAGGCAGCGUACUGAAGAAGCGUCUGGUGAAAUUGGUUGUGAAUUUUCUAUUUUACUUCCGGGCUGAUGAAGAGGAGCCCAUCGGAGCACUGCUUUUAGAACACUGUAUAGUGAAGAAGGAAGAGGAGAAAAGUUUCUCAAUAUCCUUCAUUGAUGAGCCAGACAGGAGGUACAUGUUUGAAUGCAGCAGUCAAGAGCAGCGUGAUGAGUGGGUAGAAGUACUGACCAAUGCAAGCUACGAGUUCAUGAGGAAAAGUCUCCUGUUUUAUAGGAAUGAAAUUCUGAAGAUUAGUGGGAAGGAUCCUUUGGAGCAGUACGGGAUAUCGGAGGAAUCUCGGUUUCAGCUGGAACCCUCAGGCAUCUAAAGUCUUGUCUUUUUAAGCAACACAAUUGUCCUAGUCCAGAAUGCGACGCUCCAGGCUACAAAA